GGACCACUACCACACACACGACCGGCGACCGGGCCGCCGAGUGCCGAUAAAAUAAAACAAUUUACACGGCGCACGCUCAGCGCAAUACUCCGCGAACGACUGUCGGACGUUCAACACCGUGACUGUGCGUAUUACGUCUGUUACGAUCUUACGAUAAUUAUUACGAUUUUAAUCGCACAAUAGGUGUCAAUUAAAACAUAUCGAUCCGUUAAUUUGCAUUGCGUUUCGUGAUCUUCGCCAAUAUUACACUUGCGUGGUGCCUAAGACAUUACGUAAUACGCCGCUCAGUUCGCCCUGCAGCAGGGGUUUACGGGACGACCGACAGACCUUAAUUCUAGCUUUCCAUCGCCGUAAUCUCCGUAACUCGUUCAUAUAGGAUUCGGCGACCGCGAUGGACAACGUUUCGGUAUCGUCGGGGUCCUCGUCCGCUGACGGCGACGAACUGUCGGCCGUGCUCAAUCGCCGGCAGAAGAUCAACGAGGCGCUGGAGGACGGAAAACCGGUGCCACCACAGUUCAACAGGCGGCCAUCCACUAAAAACGUGUUCCUCGAGUUCAAGGAGUUCUCGCGUAAGCAGAUCAACGAAUACGAGGCGACAUUCAAAAAAUUCGAUACUGGUAAAGAUGGAUACUUAGACUUGGGAGAGUUGAAACGGAUGAUGGAAAAGCUGGGUGUUCCGCAAACUCACCUGGCGCUCAAAGCCAUGAUCAAGGAAGUCGACGAAGACUGUGACGAUAAAAUAAGUUUUCGAGAAUUUUUGCUGAUCUACCGCAAAGCGUACGACGGUUCGUUGCCCCUGGACUGCGGCCUCAACGAGCUGGCCCGACUGACGGAAAUCAACGUUGACGAAGUCGGCGUGAUCGGCGCCAAAGAGUUUUUCGAGGCCAAGAUCGAGUAUCAAGGCAUAGCGAACCGGUUCGAGUACGAACUACGACAGGAGAUUGAAGAGAAGAAACGGUCGGAAGACGAGAUGUCCAAACGGAAAAUUGCGUUCAAGGAGAAGACUGCUAUUUUUCAAUAACUCCUUCGGGAAAUACACUCCUCCCCGCCCGUUCAAUUUCCUAUUUAACUAUACCCUCACGGCGACGAUUGUGUAUGAUACCUAACCUAUAUAUUAUUAUUAUUAUUAUGUGUAAUAUAUUUUUGAUGUAAAGGUUUUACCUUAAAAAUUAAUUUUAUAAUCAUCAUUAUUUAUUAUUUAAAAACUCACUAUACCUACCUAUAUAUUAUAAUUUAUACAUUAAGUAGGUGCAUCGAUUGUUCCCCGAAAUCGUAUAGGAAAAUUGUUAAUUUUUUUUUUAUUAUUAUUUCUGUCGUAAUAUUAUUGUAUGAUUUUGUUUUGUAAAUGUCUCUUGAUACGAGUUACGCCUAUAACUGAAUUUUAAUAAAAUGUAAAAUAUGUAAUUAUAACCUACAAUAACCGGGUUGUUUUUAAAGCCCUAACGAUAUGCAUAUAGUAAUUAGCAAUAAUAAUAACUAAUAAUAUGUGUUUUAAACAGCGUUCUUUGGUUUACCAUGUGAAUAUAAUAUAUAAUGUACAUUUACUGUUUA